AUGGAUCUACUGGGGCUGAGGAAGCGGUUUGGAAGUGUAAUGGCAGUCGAUGACUGCAAGAACAGGUUGAUACAAGACCUAUUCUUCGCGGUCGAGACGCUUCACUCUGCUCUGCUCAACGAAUGCACCAAACAGGAGAAUGAGAGGUCCCGUUUCAUCCAAGAACUUGCUCAAUACAAGACGGAGGUUGCAGAUCUGAGACAUGAUCAGGCAAAGCUAAGCUUCGUGUCUAUCCUCGUCGACGGGGACUGUAUGAACUUCAACGACGCCCUCAUUCAAGAAGGCCACAACGGCGGCCGCAGAGCCGCACGACUUUUGCUCCAGUCCGUUGAGCGCUACGUCCGGGACACCGACCCCCAAGCCAGUCCCAACCUGCAGUACAGAGUUUGUAUCUAUGCCAACCUGCCCGGUCUCGAGAAGGCCUACCGGGAAGCCAAAGUGCUGUCCUCGACGGAGACCCUCGACCCGUUCGUCCGGGGCUUCAACAUGGAAGACAGCCAGUGUGAUUUCAUCGACGCAGGAAACGGCAAAGAAUGCUCCGAUGUCAAGAUCCGAGCAACCUUCGAGCGCGACAUCCUCGACAUCCACUGCCGCCAUAUCAUCUUCUGCGCCGCCACGGACAACGGCUACGCCCGGCUCCUCGGCUCCCAUAGGGGGAGCAACCGCAUCACCCUGGUCGAGGGGGCGCCAUUCGCAUGGGAGAUCGAACAGCUAGCCACUGAAUUUCGGACAACCGCGUUCCCAGCGGUAUUCCGGGCUGCAAAGCUCCCCGCUCGCGCAUCCUCGUUCAGCGCCGCUGCAACCGCUUCAGCCAACGUUGCCGCUGCUCCACCAACCGCCGGCGGCGCACUAUCCUCGUCUCCUCCCUGGCAGGACUAUGCUACCAUCGCGAAGGCUAACCUCCAAAUAACCCCUUCGUCCACCCCCUCCUCGUCCUCCUCUUCAGCCACCACACCCACCUCCUCAACACCAAGCCCAUCAUCACCCUCAUCAUCAACCUCACCAUCAUCCCCGAUAGUCUUCGACAUCUCCCCCUCCGUCAAUUCAACGCCCCCACUCCCCAAAGUCCACUACAACGCCCAAGAUCAACGCAUCGAUCCCCCGCUCCGCCGCGCGAGCAGCAAAGAGAACUACGAGCGCCUCCGCGCGGCCAAGCUCUGCAACCGGUACCACCUGCAGGACGACUGCAGCUACGGCGACAGCUGCACGCACGCGCACGGACGGCGGCUCACCAGCGCGCAGGAUCUCCACGACCUGCGGUGCAUCUCGCGAACGAGCGUGUGCGGCGAGGGGCUGUGGUGCACGAACCGGAAGUGCGUGUGCGGGCACCAGUGUCCGCGGGAGUCGUGGCGGGAUCAUGAGCUGACGGGGUGUCGGUUCCCGGAGGAGAUGCAUGGGGUUGAUCGGGUGGUUGUGCGGGUUGAAUAG